AUGAGAUUCCGCUUCCUUCCUACGCGUCCACACUAUGACUAUUUCCCGCUUUCCCAGUUCCCCUUCAGCGGCGGUCCAGCAGCGGCCGCUGACCAUACGUCUGCACCGCGCCUCCGCCGCCGGCUCGUGCUCGGUGCUCUCUUCACCGCCGCGCUAAUUUCUCUCCUUGCCGUCCUCCACCGCUAUUUUGCAGACUAUGAUGACGACGACCUUGACUACGACGACCUGUUCGAACUGAACAUCUCCUACCUCCCAUUCCAGGUCUUCUCGGAACCGAAACCUCCAUACACAUCGCUGCAGCCGGCGCACGCGCUUCCAGACUCAUGUCGUGAUGAGUACUUUGCCAGUGGCGCGCCCUGCUAUGCUCCUGAAACACCCAAGUUCGACUUCCUCUGGACGUGGGUGAACGGCUCCGACCCGCUUCUGCACCAAGCAAAGAAACACGCGGAAGCGCAGUUCAGUUCUGAUGAUCCUUUCCGGCCGUCGGAUACUGGUAGAGAGGAACGCUUGUACCGUGACCAUGACGAGCUCCGGCAUUCACUGCGCUCCGUUCUUACCUACUUCCGACCCUAUGUCCGCAAGGUCAUCCUGCUCACCUCCGAUUUCUCCCUCCCUGCGAUCGCGCUCCCUCCUUCCUGGCGCCUCGGCCAGAUCCCACAAUGGCUCGACCUGACGAAGGAGAUGCGCACAGGGUGGCGAGACGGGGACGUGACGCUGCAGAUCGCGCAUCACGCAGAGAUAUUUGAAGAUUACCAGGGCACGAAUUUCAAUAGUCUGGCGAUCGAGACGCAGCUGGGCCACGUGGCGGGUGUCGCGGACUAUUUUAUAUACAUGAACGAUGACAACUACCUCGCCACGGACGUCACCCCUGCGACGUUCUUCACGUCUGCGUACGGCAUUGUGCUUCACCUAGACACAGGUUUGCGGAUACCGCCCACGCGUCCGACCGAGGAAACCGAGGGCGAGUGGCGCGGUAUGGGCGAGACCAACUAUAUGCUCAGCCAGCGGUUCGGGGCGCGACAUCGCCCAUACGUCAUGCACCAAGCCAAAAUUGUCUCACGCGCCUUGCUCCUCGAGGCCAAUGCCAUCUGGACAUCUGCCUUUGCGCGGAGCGCGUCGCAUCUAUUUCGUGAGACUGCUGGUCCGGGCAUGCCUGUCGACAUCAAUACCAUGUUCCUCCACGGGCACUUCAUCGUGGAGCGCGCAAGGGAGGCGAUGCUGUGGGCAUGGGUCGUGGGGAGGGUCGGCGGGAUGGAGGAUGACUGGGGCGUGCCUGAGGCGCGGAGGGCGUGGGAGGAGCUCGGGGGUGCGUGGGAUGGAGAAGGCCCGAUUGGACGGGAGAUCGCUGUGAGGAGUGGGCAUAGGGAAACGUUGGUAAGGGAGAGGGUGGAAGAUACGUUGCGUUCAAGCGGGGUGGGCACGCUGGGGAGAACCUCCUACCGAUUCUCUUCUUUGGAUGGAUAUGCAUACGGCACAGGUGGUGAUCCACCGAGGCUCACUCCGGAUGUGAAUGAGGGGUCACUACCGCAGUGUGUCAUCAGUUACGAUGAGUGCUUUGCAGGGCAUACACGUGCGAGCGAGGUCUUCAAGAACAUCGCGUUCCGGCAUCCACGGUGUGGCGACUGCGUGAUCUCCGCGCUCGUGCGCGCAAGCGGCCGCUUAGGCAUCUCGGUGUUCCUGCCCGACCCCGAUCGCACGUUUGCUUCACUCGCAGGAAAGCUGCCUGCAUCUGAAGAUGCCGCGGAGAUCUCGUACCUGCCGCUGGUCGAGCGCUGGGAGGACGGCGCCUUCGCACUGCGCGACGCCAUGCAGGUGGGCGGAGAGCGCAAUGUGCGUGCAUGGACAGAAAAGCUGCUCGAGCGGUAUCGAUAUGUCAUCGGGAGCUCGCCAGCGAUGUUCGAGCGUCUGUACGACCCGGGCCAAGCACGCGAGAUGUUGGGGCGGGUGGACGAGAAUGAGCAGCUGACGCUGCUGUGCAUCAACGACGAUGUAUAUAAUGGCGACGAGGAGGUCGCGGAGAUCUUCCGGGAUUGGCAAGAUCGGCGAUGGAGUACGCCGGCGCAAUGGGAGAAAUAA